AUGCCACGCAACGAUCUCAUUGACGAUGAGGCGCACGGGGUCGACGGAGAGCACGACGAUUCGUCCACACCAACAGGAUCCCAAGAGGACCUGGACGUCAAACGUCCUCAGUCACUAUCUGGCGAGAUUGCGUUCAUCGUCGUGGUCUGCAUGGCCCAGCUUGUGAGCCAAGCUGGUCUUGGCCAAGUGAUAUCAAUUCUCCCUGUUCUUGGGGAAUCAUUUGGUAUCGGCAACAACAUGAGUCAACUUUCGUGGUUUCCGGCUGCCUACUCUCUGACGGUGGGAACAUUCAUCCUAGGUGCCGGUCGUUUGGGCGAUUUGUACGGCCAUAAACUCCUCUUCACUGCUGGAUUCUUCUGGCUUGCGAUCUGGACACUGAUUGCCGCAUUCGCGGAAUCCAGUGGGCCUGUGUUUUUUUGUUGCUGUCGGGUUCUUCAGGGCAUUGGCCCUGCCUUUCUACUUCCCAAUGGAAUGGCUAUUUUGGCGAGAUCAUAUGAGCCAGGGAUGCGCAAGGAAAUGGUAUUCAGCGCCUUCGGGUCUACGGCACCCAGUGGAUUCAUCUUUGGAGGUCUGGUUUCCGCUCUCGCUGCCAAAUAUCGAUCGUGGCCUUGGGGAUUCUGGUUUAUGGCCAUUUUGGAAGCGGUCUGCGGUAUUGUCGCCAUAUUCCUGGUUCCACGCACCCCAACACCGCGAAAGGAAACAACGCACAGUCCAUGGGCAAGAAUGGAUAUCGCUGGAUGCGUCACAGGGAUUAGCGGCCUCAUCCUUUUCAACAUUGCCUUGAACAUAGCCCCCGGAGCGCAAUGGCAGGGCCCAUACAUCUAUAUCCUCCUGAUCGCUUCGUUGGUGUUCUUCGCCAUCACACCAGACAUUAGCUUCGUCCUGGCCACCUUGGCAUGUGGAUGGGCUGCGUUUGGAGUCUGGGUAUUCUAUGGCUGGGAGUUUGUUCAGAACUUUCGAGGCAUCUCACCUCUAUUUGCUUGUCUGCAGUUUUCGCCUGCAGCCAUCAGCGGGGUUAAUCCUUCAGAAACUGCCUGCCAGUGUGGUCAUGAUGAUCUCUGCAGCGGCCUUUUGCACAGCCGACAUUCUCUAUGCCACCAUGCCUAUCAAACAGAGCUACUGGGCGCAGCUGUUUGUGUCCAUAAUAGUGAUGCCUUGGGCAUGGAAAUGUCCUUUCCAGCUUCCAAUAUUCUACUUUCAAACGCGAUGCCUCAAGAACAUCAAGGAGUCUCAGCCAGCUUGGUUGCAACCAUUAUGAAUUAUGCGAUCUCUUUGGGUCUCGGAUUUGGUGCAAUAGUCGAGACUGAUCUCAACAAGAACGGAACAGAUCUCUUGAGGGGCUAUCGAGGAGCCUGGUACUUAGGCGUCGGGCUUGCUGCGUCUGGCAUCAUCCUCACGAUGUUUUUUGCUCUUCAUGAGCACAGGAAGUCUAUUCCAACGAAGAAAAAAGCGGCUUCGGGAGAGGAGUAG